AUGCAUUUAUUCGAGCUACCGGAAGAGGUUCUUCUGUCUAUUGCAGACGAGAUCGAUAGUUCCACGGACCUUCUGUCACUAUGCCGCACUAGCAAGACACUUUUGCGAAUUACACUCGGCGUUCUUUACCGGUUAAACAUUCAACAAGAAGGCAGUUCGACAUUGCUUUGGGCUGCAAGCAAAGACGAGAUUACGGUCAUUCAGGCGCUGUUAGGUUACGGUGCUGAUAUAAAUGUCAAGGACGACGAAGGAUGGUCAACCGUAUCCCUGGCAGCACAGAACGGCCAUUCUAGAGCUGUGGAACUGCUACUCAUGCAGGACAACCUCCAUCUGUGGUCUUGCGAUCACCGGUUUCGAUCGACCGCACUACACGAAGCCGCAAGGGCCGGCCAUCUCUAUUAUGUGGUCAACUUGUUACUCGGUGGCAAGAACGUCAAUGUGAAUGUUAUGGAUAGAGACAGGAGGACGCCCCUGUGGUGGGCGACCUAUUCCCAACAUAAGGCGGUGGCGGAGCGACUACUGGCGGUGGAUGGAAUCGACGUGAAUGCUCGCAGUCGCCUAUCUGAAUCAGCAAACCAACCCUCCGAGUCCUCUGCCUCCCUCCAUCAUCUUGUCUGUUGGGAAGAUAAUGCUGCGCCCCUAAUAAACUUGUUCGUCCAGAAAGAGGGACUAGAUCCGAAUAUAGAGAAUGAGCAAGGGGAAACACCACUCUGGUUGGCAGCCAAGAAGGGAGAUGUCACGAUCGUGGAUAUGCUGUUAUCCCACCGGGAUAUUGAUGUGAACGCCUUUGAUCGGUCAGGCCGCUCUCCGCUCUGGGCUGCCGCACUCUACGGCCAUGUGGAGGUCGUUAGAAGGCUCCUUGCCCUCCCCGCGACGGACUGGAAUCAGACCGCUUCAUAA